AGUGUAUCCGCUCCAGUCCCCGCUGACUGCUUGUGCAGCACACACUCCCACACACACACUGAGGGCUGCGAUGUGACUGUUUAACAGAGGAAUACAGCGUGUUUCUGUGGGAUUUUCUUUCUACUGUCAGCCGGAUAAUGGGAGAGGACAGGCGGAGAGUCAUGUUGGCCAUGCGGGCCACUUGUGUUGCGGUGCUUCUCUGUGUGGUGACUUCGGUGUGUGCAGUGGAAGAGACAGUGAUGGAUACAAGGACGGCGACAGCUGAGCUUGGCUGGAUCUCGUUCCCUGCCAAUGGGUGGGAGGAGGUGAGUGGCUAUGAUGAGAACCUCAACACCAUAAGGACGUACCAGGUGUGCAACGUGUUUGAGCCCAGCCAGAACAACUGGCUUCUCACGACUUACAUUGACCGGCGGGCGGCACAGCGCAUCUACGUGGAGAUCCGCUUCACCGUCCGCGACUGCGCCUCCAUUCCCAGCGUCCUGGGCUCCUGCAAAGAGACGUUCAACCUGUACUACCUGGAGACCGAGAGGGCCGUGUCAGAGGGCAUCAAAGGGGUGGAGUACUGGGCCAAUGCCCCUUUUCUUAAGGUGGACACCAUCGCAGCAGAUGAGAGUUUCUCCCAGGUUGAUUUCGGGGGAAGACUAAUGAAGGUGAACACAGAAGUUAGGAGUUUUGGACCGUUGUCCAAAGGCAAAGGUUUCCACUUGGCCUUCCAGGAUCUUGGAGCAUGCAUGUCCCUUCUGGCUGUCAGAGUGUUCUACAAGAAAUGUCCCAGCGUGGUGCAGAACUUUGCAUUUUUCCCAGAGACACUGACUGGAGCAGAGUCCACCUCAUUAGUCAUCGCAAGAGGAAGUUGUAUCCCCAAUGCUGAGGAAGUGGACGUGCCCAUAAAGCUCUACUGUAACGGGGACGGAGAGUGGAUGGUACCCAUCGGCAGCUGCAGCUGCAAGGCGGGGUAUGAACCGGACAAUGGCAACGUUUGCAAAGCAUGCCCUCAGGGCACCUUUAAGUCAUUCCAGGGGGCAGGAUUAUGUCAGCAAUGUCCACUCAACAGUCGCUCCACCAUCGAGGCCGCCACCCUCUGUGGUUGCCGCAACGGAUAUUACCGUGGAGACAUGGACAAACCAGAGGACGUGUGCACCAGUGUCCCUUCGGCUCCUCGUAACGUGGUCUCAGUCGUCAACCAGACAUCGGUGGCAGUGGAGUGGCACCCACCGGAUAUCGGGCACCGUGAGGACCUGUCAUAUAAUGUCCUGUGCCGCCGUUGCCACAGCAAUGAGCGCCGAGCGUGCCAGCCAUGUGACGACAACGUGGCAUUUAUUCCGGGCAAGCAAGGUUUAAAGGAAACGAGGGUGGAGAUCAGCAAGCUGCGGGCCCAUACAUCGUACACCUUCGAAAUUCAGGCAGUCAACGGAGUCUCCAACAAAAGCCCUUAUCCCGCCCAACAACUGUCAAUCAACAUUACGACCAAUCAGGCGGCUCCCUCUGUAGUUCCCAUAAUGCACCAAGUGAGUUCAACUAGUCGCAGUUUUUCGUUGUCAUGGCCACCGCCCGAGCAUCCCAACGGAAUUAUCCUCGACUACGAGAUACAAUACUUUGACAAGUCCCUGUCCUCGGUUCUGAACAGUUCAGUGGUCCAGACCAAAAUUCCCAAUGUUGUUCUGGAGGGUCUGAGGCCAGGGACCGGAUACGUGGUCCAGGUGCGGGCCCGCACUGUGGCUGGCUAUGGUGCCUACAGCAAGGAGAUGCUCUUCCAAACACUCACCGACGAUGAGUAUAAGUCUGAGCUUGGACAGCAGCUCUCCCUGAUUGCAGGCUCUUUAGUUGGUGGAGUGUGUAUCGUAUCAUUGGUAGCAAUUGGCAUCAUCUGUACCAGGAGGCGGCAGUUGAAGGAGAGUGUGUACGGUGACAAGCUGCAGCAGUACAACGCAGGAGGAGAGGUGACUCUGAGGCCGGACAUGUUCAGCGGAACAACCCCCACUGUGACCUUUCCCACACUGUCUGAAGGUCAUAGUUCACCAGGGGUCAAGAUUUACAUUGACCCCUUCACCUAUGAGGACCCUAACGAGGCAGUUAGAGAAUUCGCCAAGGAAAUCGACCCCUCCUGUGUGAAAAUUGAGGAAGUCAUCGGAUCAGGUGAGUUUGGGGAGGUUUACAAGGGUCGCCUGAAGCCGGUCGGGAAGAAAGAAAUUCCUGUGGCCAUAAAGACCUUGAAGGUUGGCUACUCAGAGAGGCAGAGGAGGGACUUCCUGUCCGAGGCAUCAAUCAUGGGCCAGUUUGACCAACCAAACAUCAUCAGACUGGAGGGCGUGGUGACCAAGAGCAGGCCUACGAUGAUCAUCACAGAAUUCAUGGAAAACGGAGCACUGGAUUCAUUUCUCAGGCAAAAUGAUGGGCAGUUCCCAGUGAUCCAGCUGGUUGGUAUGCUGAGAGGCAUCGCGUCUGGAAUGAGGUACCUGGCGGAAAUGAGUUAUGUUCACAGGGACCUGGCUGCUCGGAACAUCCUGGUGAACAGUAACUUGGUGUGUAAGGUGUCUGACUUCGGGUUAUCACGAUAUCUGGAGGAGGACACCUCUGACCCGACCUACACAAGCUCACUGGGAGGUAAAAUCCCAGUACGGUGGACAGCCCCAGAGGCGAUCGCAUACAGAAAGUUUACGUCGGCCUCAGAUGUCUGGAGUUACGGGAUUGUCACCUGGGAGGUGAUGGCAUACGGAGAGAGGCCUUACUGGGACAUGAGCAACCAAGAUGUGAUAAAUGCCAUCGAGCAGGACUUCAGGCUGCCAGCGCCCAUGGACUGUCCAGUAGUGCUGCACCAGCUGAUGCUGGACUGCUGGCAGAAAGACAGGAACUCACGACCAAAGUUCCCAGAUAUCGUCAGCAUGUUGGACAAAAUGAUACGGAAUCCUGCAUCUCUCAAAGCCGGCACCAAUAACAUCCCUCCUGCACCUUCCCAUCAUCCCUUGUUAGACCGUGGGGCUCCAGACCUGAGCAGGGUGAGCUCUGUGGAGGACUGGCUGGCUGCGUUGAAGAUGACCCAGUACAGAGACUCCUUCCUGGGCUCCGGCUUCACAUCUUUGCCACUCGUCACAGAUAUCACAGCCGAAGAUCUUCAGAGGAUUGGAGUGUCUCUAGCUGGACACCAGAAGAAAAUCCUGACCAGCGUUCAGUCGAUGAGGCACAACAUCGAUGACCAGUCUCCUACGGAAUCCGUGUAACCACAGCGGAGUGACACAGUAUGAAAUAUUUGACAAGUGUACAGUCUGAGCGAGCAGGCUGUCAUCUCUUCACACAUCUGUUUUACCUUCAUCUACUUUCUUGGAUAUCUAAACCACUCUACAUGUUUUCAAAAAUCACAGUGGCCAUUUUUGUCGCUCCGUGGCCUCAUGACUACGAGUCGUUGGACAGAGUUUCUUCACACCUUUUAGCAAAAACACUAAAUGUAGGAGAGAAAAACAAAGCAGAAAAUAGUGUCUGGACUCAGUGUAAUGGGUACCAGCCGACCAUCCCUUUUCCCCAAAAAAUCUCCCUGCAAGAUACCAUCGAGAUCCACAGAUCCGGUUUUACCAGCUUGACUGGUUGAUUCAAGGAUCAAUGAUUAAAGGACUAUGAAUCACACAAAUGUGCUACUGUGAACAGAAAACUGACAUUGAUGUACUGAAACACAAACUGCUCUAAAAGUCUGAGAAAAAGUCUUUUGAAACAGUGUUUCUGGAGAACCCUCACAGGCUUUCUUAUCUUCAUUAAGUUUUGUUGAGACUACUUCAGAGAGUUGGUGAAAAUUGCUACAAUUUGAAUCCAGACAAGAGACAAAAGUGAAAUGGGACUUUUUUGAAUCUAUCUUCAUAUUGAAGAGUCUGUACAUAUUAUGAUAUGGGAUGUUUAUUUCCCAUUUGCUCAUUCUUUCAUGUUCUCUACAGCAUCAAACAAUUAAUUGUGUUUCAGUGUUUUGUGAGCGCUCUUUGAUUAUCUUCCUCUGCCUGACUCAUCACUGGAACAAACUUUAAAGUGCACUGUAGACAAAAGAAAAUGGAAAAAAUAGGUUUCAUGGUGCCGUGUUUUACUCCUUUUUAUGCAGCAAAAGAAAAAAGAUAAACCCUUUCACAGAGAGAGCUUGAGAAGCCUGGCCUACUUAAAAUACUUAAUUCAGAGGUUACUCAUUAUGGGUGAUGUUUUACAAUCAGCGCACAUGCCCUCUGAGUAAAGGCAAUUAUAGACCAGGAAACCAAAAAUCAGAUAAAGAAAUAUUAAACCAUAGCAGUGUUAGAUGUCUUUUUUUCUAUCUGGGAAGCAACUUGAGCGUACGGGAGAAGAGGAAAACAGCUUAAGAGACUGUGGAUAUUGAGUCAUUACCAGCUGCUGAGAAGCACCUGUUAAAAAAGAAACAGCAUUGGCCAGAUUGUCCUGAAAGACUGAAAAGGUAUUCCCAUCCAAUAUUCUUGUGAUUUGGCUACAAACAUUUAAGCUGAACGCCAGUCAGGCAUAUUAAUACAACACAAGAACAAACCAGAAAUCCAAUGCUCAUGUACUGUUCACGCAUGAAACAAAUCUAAUUUCUGUCAAAAACUGUAUGGCUGCCCUCCAGAUGGUAAUCACUCUACAGCAGGCAGGCAGGCAGACAGGCAGGCAGGCAGGCAGGGGCCUUUGUAUCAACUCCUUUUUCAUUCUCUGGCUUCUGAACACGUCCCAUGUUGUUCGGUUCUGUUGUGACAGCCACAUUUCCUCCCGAUUGACAUCAGUUAUUAAUAUUGUCGUGUCAGAUUGCAGAUGAAAUGACAUGAAGUAACCUAUUCACAUCUGUGGACGGCAACCUUUACGCAACAGUCAUUUACAAGCAGCAAUGAUUGAUUUUUCAGACAUGUCAGAGAAAGGAUCUAACAGGAAAAGAUAGUAAAAUGCUGGAGGGGUCAAGAACGGAUUCACAGGCUUGUUUGUCAUCAUUUUGUGCACAAAUUUGAGGUUUGAUGCACUGGACCUGACACACUGUAAUAUCAAGAAUGCCUAAUCUGUUUUAUCUGAGCGCUGAGCAGAUUACCAGCUGUGAAACAACAGCAAGCCCACUCUGCCUUUAGCCCAAACCUCUAGUCAUGGGUUUGCUCCCACAUCCCGAGGAUUACCAGUCGGCAGCACUGAUUGGAUGUUGUGAUUUUUAGUUGUCAUCCCCUUAGAGCUGUGCACACAAAAGAAGUGACAGUAUUAGGUUGUUUCCUUUCAACUCGACUUACCUCUAACAUUCUAUAGUGUUUGUCUCACAGCUGGAGCACUCACUCUUUUAAUUUGUGAACAGGUCUGAGACUAUUUGAGACGUCCAAAAAUGUGCCACUUUCUUUUGGCUACCCGCAAUUGCAUUUGUCGCCCAGCAACGAGAGCUUAUUGAACAUUUUAUUAGGAAAUAUUGAGAUCAACUGGGAGGGUGACAGUGGUUCAGAGGCAUAAUCGUUGUAAAUAAAUGCCUGUGCAAAAACAGUUGCAGCGCUGGCUUGGGGGUUAAACAAAGAGCAAGGUGAUAAGUGUGCCUAAAAACCUCAUAUUGAACGCCAUCUAAAGAAUGUGUCAUGGUGAAGAAAUAAAAGCUAUCAUCACAGACAGGGUUAUAAAUACAUUAUGGUACAUUUAGCUAAGUGUGAUGAAUCUAUCCUUUGCUUUCCUCUAUUUACCAGGGUUAGUUGUGAGCUUUCAGAGGGUGUUUACGUGACCCUUUGUCUGUGUUUGAGAAAGGCAUAUAUUAUCUACAGUUUGUUUUGUAUUUAUACGAUGACAUGUCUUGUGUGGUUUGCGCACAAACAGAGGGGAUAUCUCAGGAACUAGAAGGAUGUUAGGUUUUCCUUCACAUUGCUGCAUAAAAUGCGAUAAUUUAUUUGUAAAUAAUGGACUAUAUAGAAAGCGUAAUACAAGAGUAAGUGCUUUAUAAGCGCUCCGGAAAGAAAUUGUUUUUUGAUGUUAUUUUUCUGAAGUGCUUAUUAAAAGUUAAAUCCACCCUAAAUCCAACCCAUAAAAGAAAGGAAUAUAUAACUUAAUGCUUUAACAGUGUUCUGUUUGUGAAAAUAAACAUGACUUUAUACAAAAAAACAUUGAGAUACGCUUUUAGGCAAUGAAUAGUAGCAAGAUUUAAUAGGUUUUCUGAUAUCAGUGCAAAACGCCUGAGCACAUCUCCUAGUUCACGGCUAAAUUACAUUUAUAAUCCUUUUCAUUGAAAGUGGAGAGUUUGACAUCAAGCCUUUCAAGUGCUUCUCUUUUUUUAUGGAGAUUUUUUAGUUAGAAAAAAAGAUCACCAAGCUUCUAGUGAAAGUCCAUCCUUGACAUUAUUGCCACUCUGUUAUUCAUUAUUAUUUUACGCACAUAUAUUGGGCUUUUUCACUGCAGACCAUUGUUAGAUUAAAAAAUGUUUCUCUUAGACAUAACAAACACUAUAUAUCUUUGUAAAACACAGGAUAUUUGUUUGUUUUUUAGAUUUCAUUUGCUAGUGUUCUUCAUUACCUUUUGGUAGAGCAUUGCAGCAUUAUUGGUGGAUUAUCACCACCUGUGAUGUCAGCUAGGUAGUGUGAAACCGUUGAAUUUAAAAAAAAAAUGUAAUCAUCUUCCUCCUGGUUAGGGUUAGGGUUCUUUCAAUGAUGAAUAACUUCUGAAUUUUAGAAAUGUGGUAACAACAAUUAUGGAUUACCUGUUGUUAAACUAUCCACCCAGACUGCUGAAUAAAUCAUAUUUAUGAAUGCGAGUGAAACAACCAUUCCAACUCAUCGCCAUUUCCAGAGUUGUUUCAAACCAUCAGUUUUUAGUCUGCCUUGAAUCCUUUUUUGAUGCAAAAAAACAUAGAUUCUUGAGAUGAGGGGAAGCUAUCAGAUCCACCCAAGAUAAAGUGUCCCUGUGUUUAUUAGAAUACGAAAUGGGACUUUUAUAUGAACAAACUAGCUCCUCUCGCUUCAUAUCUCCAUAUAGCAUCAUUUUGAGACACAGCGGCUGUAAUGAUUAAAGGUGGGUUCCCCCUAUAAAAGAAAAGCUCCAAAUAUUCCUCUAUUUUUACAUAACAUAAUCAUAAUACUAUGGAUUUAGUUUAACAGGAACUUGCUGCUCUGAAAAAGGUUAGCAUGUAUCUGUGUCCCCAGUCUCAAAUUUAGGUUUGCUGGUACUCUCAAGGGGAACGACGGGCCCAUUGUUGAAUAGUGGAACAAUUGAUAGCAAACAAAAGCCCCUGCUCUCUGAUACUGAGUGACUGACACCCAAACCUGACAUUUACUGCAGAUGUUUUAGAUAGAGAAUUCCAUUCAGAUUCCACUGUAACCGUGGUGGACGUAUAUAACAACAUGAUGUUACUUUGUGUUUGGCCAAUUAACCGUGAAAUGGGAAAAAAAAUAACAAUAUUCAACAAAAUAGGCAGAGAAAUGCAAGGUGCGUCACUAAGUGCUUUAGGGUGGAUUCAUCUUUUAAAGGCAUUUAUUUUUUCUGGAGGCUGGGCCAGCUCGGCUGCUUCUCUUCCUCUGCUGUUGCUCUGGUGUAAUAGAUAUGUUAGGUGAGGCUGGAGAUGAGAGGGAAAAACUGAAAGGGAAUAUGGAAUAGAUGGGGCCAGAGGAGAAACAUUAUAGAAGGAAAAAAAGAAAAGGAGGGGUUGAAGCGCGAGAGGCAGAGCUCGACACUGGUGUUUGAAUAAAAAUGAGGCUGGGUGUGGAGAGAUUACUCUUUCUUUUUUUGUCUCCCUCUCUCCCUGCUCUUCCCAGCCAUCCUCUUUCUUCUCCUAAAGCCCACAACCUCUCUGUACAACUCACUCUGCUUCCACUCUGUUACUCCACUGACCAACAUUUCACUUUUAUUCUUAGAUGCAUGUUUUUUUCUAAAACGUUUUGACUUGCAUCUCUUGAUGAUGUAUGUUUACACACACAAACCCUGCAGUUUGUUAUGAAGGGUUUUAAGGAGAGCAUUUAUCCCAAAACUGUGAAUGUCAAGGUCUUCUUUACCCAGAAAUGGCAGGUUUCCAAUAUGUUCUUCAUGUGUUAAUCCAUUCACAGUGUUUGAUCAAAUAACUAAAACAGUCUGGCUAAAGACAGAUGCACAAAAGUGUUUUUGUACUUUUAUUUCAUUUUAAUUUAUUGUUUUUCUUAUUGCUUGCCAUUGUUUUCAGUAUGUAUGUAAUGUAUAUUGGUUUCUCUUGAAAAAAGAACAGCUCAGUAAUCAGCUGUAGUUUGCCUUUCUCUGUUUACCUGAAACUGUUAUAGAUGUUACUGCUUUUAUAAUUGGAGCAGCCCACUGUUAUGUAUUAUAAUGCUGUAAUAUACUGUGUGUGUGUGUGUGUGUGUGUGUGUGUGUGUGUGUGUGUGUGUGUGUGUGUGUGUGUGUGUGUGUGUGUGUGUGUGUGUGUGUGUGUGUGUGUGUGUGUGUGUGUGUGUGUGUGUGUGUGUGUGUGUGUGUGUGUGUGUGUGUGUGUGUGUGUAACAUAAUGAACAUAAUGUGUGUGUGCUCCUCCGUGUACAGUAAGAUGUUUGUAUAUCGUGCGUGUGUGAGUUUGUAGCUGUUACCUUCCUGAGUCUUACAUUUACAAUGCACUGUUUGUCAAUAAAGAUGACAAAGCAA